AUGGACAAACUCAGCAUUAACGGUGAUCGAGGAGUCAGACUGCCUCAGUCGUAUAACCUCAAAUUUAUUGGAGACUGGGGUGGCGCAAACUUCCACCGAAUUUGUGCCUGGCUUACACAAGAGUUUUGUGAUCGCACAGGUCCUCAAAGCCGGACCUCCAUCACAAGUAUACGAGGUGGCGGGCUAGAGUCAUUGACACAGGUUGAAGACGGCGAGGCGGAUUUGGCCAUUGCUACACCAGCUGGCUUAAUGCCCCAGGCUCUGACAGGAGAUGGUCUUUUCAAGCGCUCAAUGCCUCACCUUCGCGCAUUGGGCGUGCUACCGCAAAAUGACCGGUUGGUAAUGGCGUUGCACCCGAAGUACGGGAUCAAGACUUUCGAAGAGUUACGAGCGGAAAAGCCCGCUUUGCGCAUAGCGACUUCUGUGGACGAUGGGACCAAUUACAUCGGACACGUCACAAGCAAGUUCUUGGAGGCUCAUGGAGUUUCCAGGGCUACGAUAGAGUCGUGGGGUGGAAAGUUCCUCGUGGCUCAGAGACCAGAGCAAUGCAUUGCAUUCGUCGAGAGUGGAGAUGCCGACGCUAUCGUCCAAGAAGCUAUCAUGACACCAUGGUGGAGAGGUCUCAUUGACUCAACCACGGUAGUGCCGCUACCAGCCGAACCAGAGGCAUUAGAAAGUCUUCGUCAGUCGACUGGACUGGGUACAAACAUCCUUCCAGCAGGCUUUUGGGAUACUCUCGAUCACGAUCUUCCAGCCCUAGACUUUUCGGACUUCAUCGUGUUCGUCCGUGACGAUAUGGCGGAGGAUGUAGCUUACCUUCUUACCUGGUGCUUGGUGGAGACAAGACAUAUGAUAGAAGCGCAAUUCAAGCACAUUCCGCCUGGAAGAAGUCCUCUCAGUUAUCCAUUAGAUCCAAGGAAAAUGGCGCAGAGUCCGGUGCCUCUCCAUCGGGCCGCUCAGAAAUACUAUGCCCAAGCUGGAUACAUAGAGGAGCGAAUCUGA